GUGAUGACGUCGAUUUUGAACCGAGACGAAACUCGCGUGCAGACCCGCAGCCUCAGUUGAACAGGAGACGCUCGCGCGUCCGCACAGUCUCUGCUGGAAACGACGCGCGAGGCUGGACGCAUGUGAGGUCUUUUCCUGGACUUUAACGGGAUUCCGAGGGCGACAGUUGUUCAUGCAGCUCGAGGCUCGCGUGUGGAUGUGUGAAGACAUGCGUCGCGGUGCCUGCUAAAUAUUUGGGGACGAGCGGUGAGCGAGAGACUAUGCAGAGGUUAACGGGACGCGAAGUGUCAGAUCAGAUGCUGCGUCGAAACUCUCUUGCAUUGAACUUUAGUCUCUCCGAAUAGAAACCUGUCGUUGAGCCGUGCCGCACUACCAGCAGAGGCUUGUCCGCAUGGAAAGUGUCCAAACACAGCCUGUUUAUCCUGAGAAUAAGGGAAUGUUUCUUCCGUGUUGAUCCGGGAUGGAUGUGCUGUUGUAAACGCAUCCGAUCUUCAGAAAGAUGCAGCAUCUCCGCGUGGCGUGGGCGCUCGCGGGAGCGGCGGUGGGCUUUUUCCUGCUCUUCUUGAUUCAAACGCAUUUCUUCGGAGAAGGUCAGCUGGUGGCGGGUACAUGUGAAAUCGUGACUCUGGACAGGGACAGCAGUCAGCCAAGGAGGACCAUCGCCCGGCAGACGGCCAGGUGUGCCUGCAGGAAGGGCCAGAUUGCAGGCACAACCAGAGCCAGUCCAGCAUGCGUGGAUGUGAGCAUUGUCAGGAGCAGACAGUGGUGUGAGAUGAUGCCUUGUUUGGAUGACGAAGGCUGUGACCUAUUGGUAAACAGAACGGGCUGGACGUGUGCACAGCCGGGAGGCCGAGUGAAAACAACUACUGUAUCCUGACGCCAGUGAGGGAUGAUUUUCCCAAGAGAGCCGCGACGUACGGAAGCACCUCGUCAUUCUCCAAAGCUACAGCGGGGCGGGGGAGGGGAGCAUUCAUCAUAGUCCUGUUAGCCCUGUCUGUCAGUCUCUCCAUUAGUCCUUCAGUCUCAUAAGAUAAGGGGUGAGGACCUCUCAUCAUGGAGUUUACGUGGACCAUGAGGAACGGAUCCCCCUGUGCUAUCAAUCAAAGCUGAAAUGGCCAACGUUUUGUUUGCUUAUGCCAAAACUGGCAAUAUCGGUUUGCAGGAUAGUUUGCGACCUGGAUCUUGAAACGUGUCUGGAUCUAUCAAAAUUUUACAGACCAAAGAAAUACGGGCAAAUUUCUGUGUGGAAGGAUUUCCAAUAUGAACACGGACACACACAUCAGCUGCUUCAGCUUCCACAAACGCAAGCAAAAACACACAUACCUGAGCUUCGUGAGGAGUUUUUCCAACCGAGCACACACAAAAUGGACAAAAAAGACAUUCGCGACAAAAGUGUUGACUUUUCUGUGAUUGUAGGUCUGUUGCCAUUGUUGUGAUUUGGACUGAAAUCUGUCAGGAUUGAAAAUGUAGCAAACGUGGCAGUGGAUUUAUCGAACCGAACAUUAUCUCCCUGACCUGAAGAGACUAGCGCAGACUUGCGUUUCAGGAGAGACCAUCCUAUGUAUUUUCAGAGUCAUAAAGUUAUAUAUAUAUAUAUAUAUAUAUUUAACAGUUUUAUAUGAUGUACCUUUGUAGCGAACCUUAUUUAACACUGACAAUGUGAUCCUAUUCAUAAAGGGUGAAUUCAAAACAGUAACGUCCUGGAAAGUUAUUUACGCAUUGCUUUUUUCGCAAAUGAACAUAGAAAGGAAAAUAGUGUAAUUGUAUAUUUGUGAGUAAACUAUUGUUUUGUAUCACCAUUCGACAAUAUACACACACAAAGCAACUGUAACCCACCUUGACAAGGUUCUAUUCGUCAGUAUACGGCUAUGGGUCAAAUGUGUUUUACCGCAGAGAUUGUACGCUGGCAAAUUCAUCUUAUAAAAACUGUUUAUGUGUAAGUCCUUCUGUGAUAUCUGUCAUAUGGAGACGGUCACCCCAUUAAGAUAAUGGCCCUUAUGAGAUAAUGGGCCGUCCACCACCAUGAGCGCCGUGUCCUGCGUGGUUUCUCUUAGACCAUUACUCUGCCCUUGUUGGCCCCUCUCCUCCUCUCUCAGCGCCGAGCCUGUGGAGGAAUGCUGCUGUCAGCCAGGCUUCAAGCUUCAUUUAACAUCACUAACAGCCCGCAUUACACACGGCGUCUCUCAGCUACAGCUGCAGUGCCCCACAAUAUCACCCCCUCACUGCCUGGCCCAAAUGUAGGGUUUGAAGGAGAAUGACGUUGGCUUUAUUGAGAUCUUAACAACUUGCAUUAAUCAUUUACUUUAGUUGUAGGUCAGAAAAAGUGUCCCUUCAAACCUGAAGGUAAAUAUGCUAAGAUGCUAAAAUACAUUCUUCUACUUCGGUUUAAUAUGCAAAGACGAUAAAGCCAUUUGUAGGCUGAUUCCCCUGUGAACUGUAAACACUGUGUUUUCAAAACAUUUUUCUGUUUAAGAAUCCUCACCAGCUCGACCAAUGAUGUGAGGUUGGGUGGAGCUAUUUGUUUGAAUGUUGUAGGUUUUUAAUUGUCGCUCUUUAGAAAGUAACUUCAAAAUCAGUAAAGGAGUAACGAUACUGAACACCAUACUUUAAACUAAAGUGUGUUUUUUUAUACACUAAUCUUUGUGGCAUUUUUAAAACAAUUUGUUUGCUUGAGAAUCUUGGUCUGCUUGACAUAGCAACACCGGCUCAGCCAAUGGGGUGAGUUUGGGGCGGAGCUUUCUGCUUUUGACGAAUAGUAAAGAGUGCUCAGGAAAUUUUUUUGAAUGCUGGUGGUUUUCUUGU